AUGAAGCUCACUUUGAGGUUGGAUUGGAUAUAUCAAGCUGCUAUAUUCAUUGUCCAGUUGGUAAAGGUUAUGAGAGUAGAUAUCUACUCUCUACCUUCAAAUCUGGGUGUAUCUCAACAAUAA